AUGGUGAAGGAUGUUUUAGCUAGUCCAGUAUCCACUGUUGCUUCUGAAAGCACGUUUAGUACCCGGGGCAGAGUUCUAGACACAUAUAGAAGUUCACUAACCCCUGAAAUGGCAGAGGCUUUGAUUUAUGCACAGGACUGGUUGAAACCUACACUUAGUCAAUUCAAGGACUUGAAUAUAAAUGAAGAAUUUGAGUUGUCUGCCACUAUUGUUUCAGAAUUUGGUGGUCCCUCUACUAGUGGAUCAACAUCUGGUGAUGGAUCUGAUGCUGUUGGAAACGGAAAUGAACCAGUUGCUGUUUGUUUUUUGGAUGUGAGGGAUAAUGGUUAUCCUCGAGUUGCCAUUAUCAGAGAUAGGGAAAAGGAUCGAAGUGAUCCAGAUUAUGAUCGUAGCUAUGGAAGGUAUGCUAGGAGUCUCUCAGCCUCUGCAGUUAAUUUGGUGCCCUUUAAUUUGCCAAAAGCUCAACCUUCAUUUGCUCAGUAUGACAUUACUUUUAAUCAGUUGGGUCAAAUGGCACAAACUCAGGCUUCACUUGGAUAUGGAUCUCCUUCAACCCCGAUAAUGAGCCCUUUUUGUACCCCAGGAUUGAACCCAGCAUCUGGAGAUGGUGCUUACCUACAGUGGCCAAGUCCUACAAUGAUGUAUGCACAUUCAUAUGACCAAUUUAGACAUGCUGUUUACCAGGCUACAUUUGGUCAACCUUUGAGCUUUGAUUAUUCACAGAACUAUUAG